GGGAGCUUGGGAGGGGUCCCCCCCCAAUACCUAAACCCCGGUCUGUGUUCAUACUCCCCCGGUGCCUGCGUCUCUCUUGUCUCUCUUUCCCACGUUGAGGGGUGUCGUGGCUGCCCCCCUUCUCCCCCUUCAUCAGCCUUGUCCUCUCUGUCUGUGUUCCAGGCGAGGCAAUGGCAGAGGGUCCCCAGCAGCUGCUGCAAGUGUGCGGGCAGAGGCUGUCCCGCUUCCUCUCCGGCGCCCAGCACAAGCGCCUGGCCUGGCUGCGGGAGGUGGAGGAGCAGGGCAUGAGGAUGCUCAAGAGCAGCUUCAGGGAUGAGCCCAUGCUCUUACCCAAAACGCCGUCGCAGAGGAGGAGGCUCAGGAAAAGGCAGUCCUCCUGGAUGAGGGACGAAAACAAGGAGCUGAGCAGGAGGAGGUUAUCCAGAAGGAGGAGUGGUGUCAAGCUGCAGUCUUCCAGCCUGAACUCCCAGCAGUGCCAGAGCCAGGAGCAGCCCCAGAGCCCUGGCUGUGAGGGGCAGGACGUGUCCGUGCCCGGCUGUGCUCCGGGAUCUCGGGCUGGCAUCACACCCCAGCUCCCAGCUCUGCCCAGGAAGCAGCCUGAGGAAUCCCGUGUUCCCAUGGCAGAUCUGGAUGGCCAGGAGUGUCCCAAUGCUGCUGCUGGGGGUGAUGCAGCCCCUCCAGCAGUUCUGGGGGAGCAGCUACCUGAGGUGGAUGCAGCAGCAGAGUUCCAGGACAUCCCUGGUGUCCCUGGGAUUGCGGCUGAACAGCCAGGAAGGGAUGGGGAGCAGGGCCCCAGGAGAGCCAGCACCUCCACUCCCAAGGCUGCCCAGAAUGGUGAUCCUGCUGCACUCCAAGGAGAUGGAUCUCCUCAGGGCCUCGAGGCACUGCUCUUCCAGGACUCCCCCAGUAAAAGCGCAGCACAGAAAUCCAGGACGCGCCGCCGGAGCGGGCUGGGCGCCCCCCGCAAGAGCCACAGGGCUUCCCUGGCAGAAAAGUGCUCCCUGGCCAGCAGGAGGGAGAACAUCAUCCGGAGAGCUGUCAGCAGGGCCAGGAAGGCAGCGGCUCGAGAAUCCUCCUCGGCCUCCAGCAGAGUGAGCUGUCAGAGCUCCUUGGAGGCUUUUGUGGAAGAGGAUGUGACCAGCAGCACAAGGCCUGAGCUGGAGCCAAAUUCCCCGAGGGAGAAGGCUCCUGGAGAUGUCCUUGUUCCAAGCACAAGUCCCCGAGCUGCCAGCCCUCCUGCACAGCACCUGUCCCCUCUGGAGCAGCAGGCAGGAAAUGCUGCAGGAAGCCAUGUAAAUCCCAGGAGUGAACCCCAGAAGAGCCAGGAACAGCCCCACUGUGCCAAGCCCCUGGAGAGUUCCUCCCGCAUGUGGAUGAAAGGCUGCAAGCAAGCCCUGGGUGUCCUGUGGCACGGGCAGCAGACGGGGGGCCGGGUCCUUUCCCCUUUGGAUGAGAAGCACAAGACCUUGGCAAACCAGGCUCCAGCAUCCCCCUCUCCAUCCAGCAAGGCUGUCAGGCCACUGAAGAACUUCCUGCAGGGACAAGGGGGUGGCAUCAAGGACUUAAUCAAGCGCAACACUCCCACUCGGUCCCACCUGAAGGGAGACUUUGUUUUGUUCCUUCUGUACCUCUGCUUGCAUUGGAUAAUCCCUGUUGCCAAAUAUGCAUUGUCUCCCAUCCCGGCCCCCCAGCACCUGGUACAGUCUGAGCUCUUCUCCCUUCAGGAGAAGGAGAGGCAGAGACUGGAGAACCUCCGGAAGAAGCAGGAGGCUGAAGAACAGAGGAAGAAGAAAGUAGAGGAGGAGAAGAGACAGCGUCAGGCAGAAAUGAAGCAGAAGAGGGAAGAGCGCCUGAGGAAGGCUCUGCAGGCGCGAGAGCGUGCAGAACAGAUGGAAGAGAAGAAGAAAAAGCGGGUGGAGCAGAAGAUCCUGCAGAGUGAUGAGAAGUUGCACACCUCACAGGUGAGGGAAGAGAAGGUGGCAGAGGAGCGGAGCAAGAGGAAGGGGUCCAAGAAACACGGGGAAGCAGAGGCACGGAAGCAGAAAUCCCUGAGAGGGGAUGAAAAUGAGCAGCAAGAACCACUGCAGAAAAGAAGAGAGGAUGAAGUGAAGGAAAGAGGGAAAACAGUUUUGGAACUGAAGAACCUUCUGGAGCAGAAACAGCUGGGACAAGCAAAGGAGAGGUAUCCCAAGCAGCGAGGGAAGGAGAAGCCCCCCCAAGCAGAGCAGGAGCCAGCAGCAUUGGCUGGCAAGGCCACCAAGGGGAAAGAAAGUUCCAAAAAGCUGCCUCUCUGGCCUGGGCUGGAGAAAAGAUAUGAGCCACCAGAAUCCUUUUUCUCAGCUCUUAAUGUCUGGCUCCAAGCAGAGAGGGAGGCUGACGGUCAGCAGCAGCCGAGAGAGGAGAAAAAUCCCAUUCCACCAGCAGCCCCUGGGACGUGGCCCAACAAAGCCGUCAAGAAAUCCCUCUCCACGUCCUGCCUCGGGUCCCUGGAGGCUGCUCAGGAACCAGCAUCGCCCCCGGCCAACGAGAACAGCUAUGGGCUGGAUCUGAACAGCGACGACUCCACAGAUGAUGAGAGCAACCCUCGGAAGCCCAUCCCUGCCUGGGCCGAUGGGGCGCAGCUCCAGCAGGCCAUCGUGCACCAGUACUACCACCCGGUGGACCUGGAGGCGCUGUUCGGGACCAUCCCCAGCCCCAAGCUGGAGGACAUCUUCUACAAGAACAAGCCCCGCUACUUCAAGCGCACCAGCUCGGCCGUGUGGCACUCCCCGCCCGGCCCCUCCUGCUCCUUCCAGAGCUGAACCGAGGUGGUUUCUAGGCUCUGUGUUCUACUUGCCCUGUGUUGACAAUUUUAACUUUGUAUUCUUCUUUUGUACAGAAAUAAAGUUGUUUAUUCAAGUCCA